GGUCCGUCUGCUGAGCUGCAUCAAGAUGCUGUCGUUGCAAGGAAGACCUCUUGUAAACCACAUGAGGUGUCCCCUCAUUGGUCUUAUUAUAGUUUCCACCUGGCGGAAGUGGCUCAAUCAGAUAUUCAUCUUCCCCUGACACUAUCACUCCAAGCUGAAAAAGAAAAUAGAAGAACCAAAUACAUCUUCCACAGAAGAUAAGCUUGCUACUUAAAUGAUUCAAUUGCAAUUAAGAUGACACAAAGCUUUGUAGCACAGUAAAGCACAGCGGUCUCAGUAUACAGGUCAUUGUUCGCACUAGCGUCUAGCUCACCGGUGCGGCAUGGAGCCGCUUUGCCUGCACACCCUGGAAUUAAAGCAUGAAGUCUUGCAAAAGAUUGGGCAGGAUAGUGAAGCCUGAUAAUACAGCUGAUAAAGAGCAGAAAUAGGAAUGGAGCCAAAUUCCUAAGACAUUUACCACCUCUAUAGAACAUGCCAGAUGCUGCAGGACACUUGCCUUUUUAUUACGGCAGCAUUUCUCGUGCUGAAGCUGAAGAAUUUCUCAAGCUGGCUGGAAUGAUGGAUGGCCUUUUCUUGCUAAGGCAGUGUCUGCGAACACUUGGUGGUUACGUUCUCUCUGUGGUAUACAACCUUCAGUUUUACCACUACCCUGUAGAACGGCAACUAAAUGGCACGUUUGCUAUAUAUGGAGGGAAGUCUCAUUGUGGCCCAGAAGAACUUUGUGAGUACUACUCUAAAGAUUCAGAUGGAUUAUGCUGUGUUCUCCGUCGACCCUGCAACCGGCCUAGUGGUGUGGAAUGCCAACCUGGAGUUUUUGAUCAUAUCAGAGAUAAUAUGAUGAGAGAAUACGUCAGGCAAACCUGGAAUCUAGAGGGAGAUGCUUUGGAACAAGCUAUCAUAAGUCAAGCUCCACAGGUCGAAAAACUCAUUGCUACAACAGCUCAUGAAAAGAUGACAUGGUACCAUGGGAACAUAAGCCGAGAAGAAGCUGAGAGAAAAUUGUACUCAGGAGCACAGCCAGAUGGAAAAUUUCUGAUAAGAGAGAGGAAAGAGCCUGGUACCUUUGCCUUGUCAAUAGUUUAUGGAAAGACAGUUUAUCAUUAUAGGAUUGAUCUUGACAAAUCUGGGAAAUAUUCAAUACCUGAAGGCACAAAAUUUGAUACAUUGUGGAAGCUUGUGGAGUACUUAAAACUCAAAUCAGAUGGAGUUAUUACAGUUCUAAAGGAGGCCUGUCCAAAUGGCAACACAGUGGGUGGAUUGUCUGUAGUUCCUCCAUCACUACCUAAAUAUAGACAGCCCUCAGCUAAUUUUGAUGGAUACACCCCGGAACCUGCCCUUGGCGGUUCUAAACCUCGGGUUUUGCCUAUGGACACCAGUGUAUAUGACAGCCCCUACAGUGACCCAGAAGAACUGAAGGAGCGCAAAGUCUUCUUAAAAAGAGAACUUCUUCUGAUAGAUGAAGUAGAACUGGGCUCAGGAAAUUUUGGCUGUGUUAAAAAAGGGGUUUACAAGAUGAAAAAGCGUCAAAUAGAUGUGGCCAUUAAGAUAUUGAAGAUACAGAAUGACAAUGAAAAGUCUGUAAAGGAUGAGAUGAUGAAAGAAGCAGAAAUCAUGCAUCAACUGGACAAUCCUUACAUUGUUAGAAUGAUUGGUCUGUGCAAAGCAGAGUGCCUCAUGCUGGUCAUGGAAAUGGCCGCUGCUGGACCCCUGAACAAGUUUCUUUUAGCAAAAAAGGAUGAGAUUCCUAUCAAUAACAUUGUAGAACUAAUGCACCAGGUGUCCUUGGGAAUGAAGUAUCUUGAAGAACACAACUUUGUACACCGUGACUUGGCUGCCCGCAAUGUCCUUUUGGUGAACCAGCAUUAUGCAAAGAUCAGCGACUUUGGACUCUCUAAGGCUCUUGGUGCUGAUGACAGCUAUUAUACGGCUCGGCAAGGUGGGAAGUGGCCUUUGAAAUGGUAUGCCCCAGAAUGUAUAAAUUUUCGCAAGUUUUCCAGCCGGAGUGAUGUAUGGAGCUUUGGUGUUACCAUGUGGGAAGCAUUCAGCUAUGGGCAGAAGCCAUACAAGAAACUCAAGGGUACAGAAGUGCUGAGUUUUAUUGAGAGAAAUGAGCGUUUGGCAUGUCCUACAGAUUGUCCAAAAGAAAUGUAUCAACUAAUGUUGGAUUGCUGGACCAUCAAGAUGGAGGAACGCCCAAAUUUUGAGAAUGUGGAAUCCCAUAUGAGAAUUUAUUAUUACAGCGUUGCCAACAAGACUGAAGAGUCAGCUGCAGCAGAAGCCAAAGAAAAAAAGACAUAAUAAGAUGGGAUUGUAGAUGUUCCAAACAAAAUACAGUAGUCUACUUUCCUGAAAUAUUUCUGCCUCAAAAACUGGACUGUUGAAAGAAAAUGACUACUGGAAAUUGUUUGAUUUCAUUGUAUUUUAUACAUCAUAAAUACCUUAAAGGGAGCUGGUUCUUUCUUCCUUUUUUAUUACUAGGAUAGUUAUUGUUACUGAUGACUCAAUAGAUACAAAUACAUGAUAAAAAUGUUAAUGUUUCCCUAAAAUGUUGUUGAAAUAACUGAUGCAAGUAUUUAAAUCACCAAGUAUUAAAGGAAAUCUGUCAUCAGUUUUACCCGCACUAACCUGUUAUACAGACUUGUGGUGAAGGUGACACUGAUGAUAGGUGACAAAAUGAUGCCUACCCCAUCGGGAUCGGGUAUCCUAAUGGGCAGCUUGGGGCAUGGGUGGCGCUCUGCUGGCUUCCCAGGACAUGGUGAUGCCAUUACUGAUGGGUCGGCCCUCCGGCCAGAUCAUACAUAUUCAUAGCCUCCCCCUGCCUGCUCGGUCUCAGCUUCAAACUACAGGCAGAGGGAGGCUAUGAAUAUUGAUGAGCCAGGCCGUAAGUAUAAUUUUGAUCAGUGUCACCCGCACUACAAGCCUGUAUAACAGGUUAGUGCAGGUGACACUGAUGACAGGAUUCCUUUAAAAUUGAAUUACGGUUUCAGAAAUAAAUCUUAUUUAAAGGAGUACUGCAACCAUAGACAACUUAUCCAUAUCCGCAGGAUAGGGGAUAAGUGUCUGAUCGAGGGGGUCCAAGCAUUCG